UGCCCAUGCUGCUGGGGUUUCAAACAUGCUGACUAAAACAAAGACCCUCCUCUGAUACGGCCCAAAGGACCUGAGCUGUUUCAGAACAUUUUCAAAUUCGGACAUUGUGGAACUUUGUGCACUUUUAUGAAAUUGACAUCUGUUAAAUCCAAUUGGCACACUGGGAAAUUUCUCUUGAAAUCAUCAGGUCAAUUUCUGGACGAAGAUUGUCAUGGUUUUGAUGGCUGGCAGAGGAAGGGGUAGAGGAAAGAAUGUCUCAUUUAAUGUUGAAGCUCUGGGUUUUGGGAGAGGGGAGACCCUGCCAGGACCAAUUUCUCAACCACCACCAAUAUUUCCUACAGCAGAGUUCAAGCCAGUGCCGUUCCAGCCGAGCGAGGAGUUUGAGUACAUGCGGGCUUUAAAGCAGGAGUUUCUAGGGAAUAUUCGCAAAUCUCCAUUUUACCUUCAAGCAACACACAAGAAAAGGGAUAUAGAGAGAUAUUCUGACAAAUACCAGGCUGUCACAGAAGUAAAUGGAAAAUGGAAGCCAGACUGGAGAAGACUUCCAGCUGAACUGAAGCCUAAAAAACCAAGAAAAUCAAAGUUCUACAUUAAACCAACAGCUAAGGUGAAACCAAAGGUCAAACCCAGUGCAGCAGACGUAUCCAAGACUCUAGAGGAACUUGAGAAAAUAGAGGUGGAGGAGAAAGACGAGGAUGGAGAGGAGGAGGAAGGAGGGAAAAAAGAGGAAGGAGAGGUGGAGGAGGAUGAAGAGGAGAUUUAUGAUGAGGAAGACAUUGAGGAGGAGACGGACUACAUUUUGUCAUAUUUUGACAAUGGGGAGGAGUAUGGCAAUGAUGAUGAUGAUGCAGAUGAAGGUCCGGUGUACUGAAGGGAUUACGACAGAAAUUAACUCACAGCAGAGGAGGAAACCAUUUGUACUACAUGUAUUUACAACAAAACAUCAUGAAGGGAUGGUGUUAUGAACAGAAAAAUCGAAGUGACAAUGUACAGGAGAGGAUUAUCAGAGUGAUUUUACACAGGGAAGGAAAAAGUGACUUUAUACAGGGGAGGAAAGGCCAAGUGGCUAUAUACAGGGGAGGAAAAUCUAAGUGACUUUAUAAGCUAAGUGACUGUAUACAGGGGAGGAAAAUCUAAGUGACUUGAUAAGUUAAGGUAGGUCCCUAGUCCUGGACCUACUUGUGAUUUCUCAAAAAUUUGAGUUUAAAUACUUAGAUUGUUCAUUUGAGGGUAUGAUAAAAACAAAAAAAUGGGGGGUUGUCAGUAUAAUGAGUAAAUUAUGGUAUAUUUAUUACAUGUACCCCCAUUUGUCAAACGGCAAUAUCAGAAUUCAUUGAAGAAGUCCUAGAAUAUGUCCAUAAAAUUUUGUUUGAGGUAUGAUGCUGCAAUUUUUUCCCUCAAAUAUGAAAUAAAUAUGUCUAACUAAAUAAUUAAAAGUGAAAUUUUAACAUAGUUUCAUGUUUUUUAAUAAUGGUGGUACAAAAUUGAACUCAAUACAGGCCCUCGGCAGUCAAAAAUACGGCACUGCAACAACACUAAUAUGAAUAUUUUAAAAAUUUGACUUGUGAUUUUUCAUUCAAACUCACAUAUUAUGUUCAUAUAUGAAUGCUUGUUAAAAUACAUUUAAAAAAUCUGCCCUUUCUCAGCAUAAUAUUUUCACAGCAUCUCAAUUUAUAUUUACAUUUUUUGGCCAAAAAUAGCCAUUUUGAAGAUGAUUUUCACAUAAUAGAAGAUAACAAAUAUAUAACAAGAUAACAAAUAUAUAACAAGUGCAUGAUUGCAUAUCAUGAAUUUUUUUUAAAUUUACAGAUAAUUUUAACAUGUAAUACCCCUGUAUAUCAAUUAAACAAAUAUGUACCUCUGGUUUUAUGUGUGAAUUAGAUGACAAAAAAUGGAAAAAAGAUUGGAGCCAUAGUCUACUUAAAUAUAAGUGAUGGAGUGUUAUUGUAUUCAUUUUUAAAUUACUAAAUUAAAAAACAUCCAGGUAAAUGUAAAAACAGUAUAAAUCCACCCAAUAAUAAUAACACGUGAACCAAUACCGGAGUUAGAUCCGGACAUGAUGUCACGCUACUAGACCCCUACUUUAAGUGACUGUAGACAGGGGAGGAAAAUCUAAGUGACUUUAUACAGGGGAGGAUUUUAUAGGGGUGGAUAAUUUGUUGCCGGGUGUUUUUUGACUUUUAAACAAGAGACUUUUGCAAAUGCAAUAUAGAAAUGUCAUCAUGCUAAUUUUGGAUCACUACACUGUUCAUGUAUAAGGGUUGUACGAAUGUAUGUUCGUAAGAAGCAAGGCAUUAUUCAAUAAAUGUGUCUUGUUUUGAUAUAUAUAUAUAAUUUAGCUCAUAUUUUGAUUUAGCUAAAAGGUUGCUGCACAUGACCAGGCAGUAUGUUAUCAUAAAAAAAUACAAGAGGCCUAUCGGUCUUAGCAGUCACCUUGGUAUCAUAAAACAGUAGAACAUGAUUAAAAGUGUUAUCAGAUGUUGUAAGUAUGCAUCAUGAAAACUCUGAGAAAUCGAUAACCUCAUAGCCCUGUCCUAAAGUCUGAAUCCCUGGACCAGAAUUCAUGAAAUUCACAAUUUUGGUAGAUGGUUUUAUAACUGUGCAUAAAGUUUUUCUUUAAACUGUACAGGGGUCAAUGAGAUUUUUAAAUGAUUAUUGCAAUUUUACUAUAUACUGUUCUUGGCAUUCUGAUUUUGACUAUGGAUAGCUAUGUUUACCUGAUCAAAAUAUAGGGCUCACGGCGGAUGUGACCGGUCGACAGAGGACGCUUACUCCUCCUAGGCACCUGAUCCCACCUCUGGUGUGUCCAGGGGUCCGUGUUUGCCCAACUCUCUAUUUUGUGUUGCUUAUAGGAGUUAUGAGAUUGAUCACUGUUCAUUAUAUUCACCUUUAACAUACAAUCUAUGGAUGCACGCUUGCUCAAUAACCACCUCCUCCUGACCCAGAGGCCAUAAAUUUUACAAUUUAGGAAGUUACAUAUUUUAUACUCAUCAUGACUAUGCACAGUUUGACUUGGAUGUCCCUAAAUAAAGAAGGUAUUAAAGAUGGCAUUAUGGCUUUGAAUCCUCUAGCACCGGAUCCUCUGAGGCAAAGGCCAUGAAUUUUACAUUUGGGUAGAAGCUUCUCUCUUCAUUAUUACUGUAUUCAUAGUUUUGUUGUUUGAUGUUCAGGAGUCAAGAAGAAAUGCCCAGUAACACAUUUUCACAACGAUGAGUUAUGCCUCAUCUAGCACCAGAACCUUUGACCCAGAGGCCAAGAAUUUUUAACGCCUUCUCAGAUUAUUACUUUGUACUCAAUAUGAUUGAUGACAUCCAGGAGUCUAUUUUUUUUUUAUUCCCCUAUCUUUUGAUGGGCUGUAUUAUGGUAUGGGCUUUCCUGUCUGUCUGUCUUUUUUGUGUUCAGGUCCUACAUGUAUCUUUCACACUGCGAGGCCUAGAGCUGUCAGACUUAGUCAUUAGAUGUAUCUUGGGGUGAAGAUGUUUCUCAAAGUUUUUCUUCAGUCCUAACAAGUUUGAGAUAUCAAAGUUUACCUGUAAUUAUUUGUAAUUCUAUGUGAUGAAUAGGAUUGUAUUAUAUGUUAAACAAGAGGCCCACAGGCCUUAUCGAUCACCUGAGUACUAAUGAAUAAAGUAUCACUACUCCCAAGGAGUACGAAAUCUAGAAACAAUUUCUUGUUCAUUAAAACUUCACUGCUUUCAAAAGUGCAUACACUGUCAGAUGAAAGGCUUUAAAUAAUAGGUGUAUUAACAUUGAAACAUCAAAAGAUAUGACUAAUUGGACUCAUCCUAAAGUCAUAACUCUGGGUUUUGAUUGAAAUUUACCAUUUUUUGUACAUCCUUUUUUGCUAUUCCUAAAUAUGCAUUUAUAUUUUAUACAGUAUCAGCAAACUUGCACAUAAAUACUAUAUACUAAGUUUGGCCCCACCCUAGGGUCAGAACCUCUACUCUGGGGAUCAUCAAAUUUACAAUUUUGGUAAAAGACUACUUGUUCUUUCUAAAUAUCCAUUUACAGCUGUCAAACUUGUCUUAGCGGCAACUUGAAAUUAGCGGCCACUCUCAAUUCCCCCCGAUGAUUUUCCCUAUAUAUUUGUACUGGAAUAAACGGCCACCUGUGUAACGCAGCUAGCGGUCACUCAAACCAUCUCCCCAUAUGUUAAUUUCACUGUAAUAGGCGGCCAUUUUGUCCAAUGACGCGGUUUUAUCACUUGAUAUUUUACAUGAGUUAAUCAUCUGUGACGAUAGCAGAUUGUUUUGAAAACACACAUUCGCUUGGGUAAUUAAAUACUGAUCAGUUUACCUGAAGUUAUUAAACAAAUUUGUGUUCAAAUUAAAUAUUUAGUACUCUGU